AAUGUAGUAUAUCUAAUGGCUUUCACGGUUUCUUAUGGUGUAAUGUUCUUAUGCACAUCGUCGAUGACCUUCUGUACCUUUACCGAAGGAAAGUUCAUAAGACGUAGGGCUUCAAGUAGAGGAGAAGCCCCUCGGUGGGUAUAUGAAGAUGCUGCCGUGCUGGAGAAAACUGUCACUUCUGGGCGGGAAAAAAAACUUUCUGUUAGAACACUACAUCGGAAAACAAUCCAAAUGUUCCCUCUCUUGUUUUUGGUCUACGUGGUGGCCGUCAAGGUCUUCAAAAAGACUACGCCAAAUGGCAAAGUUACCGUGUACCUGGGCAAACGAGACUUCAUCGACCAUCUAGACCAUGUGGAUCCUAUCGAUGGUAUUGUCGUCGUAGAAAAUGACUACCUUCAGGGCAGAAAGGUCUUUGGUCAGAUCACCACGACCUACCGUUAUGGCCGAGAGGAGGACGAGGUUAUGGGAGUGAAAUUCAGCAAGGAGAUGGUACUACACCGCGAACAGAUUGUUCCCCUGAAGAAGGAAAAGCAGGAGAUGACUCCGAUCCAGGAACGUCUACUGAAGAAACUUGGACCAAAUGCAUAUCCUUUCAUCUUCGAGCUUCCACAGAAUUCUCCGAGCUCAGUCACUCUUCAGCCCGGCGAUGAUGACCAGGGCAAACCCUUGGGUGUUGAGUACACCGUCAGGAUGUACGUUGGCGAGAACGAGGAGGACAAGGGCCACAAGAGAUCCUCGGUUUCUCUUGCCAUCAAGAAACUCCAGUAUGCACCUCCAGCUCGUGGUCGAAGACUCCCCAGCUCUCUGGUCUCCAAGGGAUUCACCUUCUCUCAGGGAAAACUUAAUCUGGAGGUUACACUGGACAAGGAAAUCUACUAUCAUGGUGAGAAAAUCUCAGCCAAUGUGAUCAUCACCAACAACUCCCGCAAAGCCGUGAAAAACAUCAAGCUCUUCGUGGUACAACAUUGCGAGGUCACAAUGGUCAACUCUCAAUUCUCUAGACAUGUGGCCAGCUUGGAAACACGCGAGGGUUGCCCUAUUACACCUGGUGCAUCCUUCACCAAACAGUUCUACCUGGUACCUCUGGCAAGCAGCAACAAGGACCGACGUGGUAUUGCCUUGGAUGGACACCUGAAGGAUGACGAUGUCAACCUCGCGUCCUCUACUAUGGUCGCCGAAGGAAAAUGCCCAGCCGAAGCCAUGGGCAUUGUUAUCUCCUACUCUGUCCGAGUGAAGCUGAACUGCGGAACCUUAGGUGGUGAAUUGGUGACAGAUGUUCCUUUGAAACUCAUGCACCCAGCUCCUGGAUCUGUCGAGAAGGAGAAGGCCUGUAUGAAGAAGAGCAAGAGUAUCGAUAGGGCUCGCUAUGAGAAUUCUUGCUACGCUAACGACGAUGACGACAACAUCGUCUUCGAAGACUUUGCUCGUCUCCGUCUUAACGAACCGGAAUGAGCUACUACUUAGACCGGCUGCUUGUUCUGAAGGGGUUGCGCUGAUUAUUUUUCUGUGACAGAGCUCUAAUUUUUUCAGUAAGACAGCGGAUGAUAAUACGUGCUAUUAAGAUUCUAUAUAGUAUUUAUUAGGCGUAGAUAUGGUAAAACCUAAUAUAUUUUAUUGAUGUAAUAUUAUUCAAGUUCUGCGGGACUCAUUCAGAACAGGCAGAUGAACGAGAGACUCAUUGCGAUACGUAGGAGAACAUAAAAGGUAACAUUAACUGAAAAAUUAUAAAAUGUACAUUGAAUUACCUCAAGUAAAAUAUUUCUCAGCAUUGUAGGCUAUUUAUGAAGAGCUGAAAGAGAAAGAGAAUUUAAAAAAUAUACUAAAAAAGGGUAGAAAAAGGCUUGCCUGAAAUGGUGGGUAACAAAAAAAAGCGAAAAAUGGUACAGAAAAAGUGAAUCGAGAAGGUGCGACCACUCGCUCGAAAAUUUCGGUCCGAUUGUGGUGGUCGGGCGGAAAUUUUUUAUUUAAGAGCGACCAAAAAAAGGUUUUCAAGUAAGCAUAUUUAAUUAAUGUUAUAUUAAAUUAAAUGCUUUCCCGUCUAACCAGAAGUGACUAUCGUUAUAGUUUUAAUUUAUUUCUAUAUAAUUACAUGUGUGUAUCAAUCUGUUUAUUUAUUA